UUGUUAUCCAGAAAAUCAUGAAGUUAUUACUAGCAGCUGCAGAAAUAUAAACAGGGUUACCGCCUUGAAUCAACGUUUUCUUUUUAUCAAAUAUUUGAACCAAGGAUUGGAAUUUCCAUUCUCAAGCUCAUUCUUGGGAAUGAAUAGUUGAUAAAAAUGGAAAGUUUGGCAAUGAAUAUUUGAUAAAAUGGCAAGACAAACUAAUACCCUUUUUCUUGAACAAUGGUUGAGGACUAAUAUUGGUGGUAUUAGCUACUCUGUUUCUGGACAUUCUUCGCUGUCGACUUCUUCUUCGUCUGCUCGUGCCAUAAUUCAAGCUUGGUCUGAGAUUCGGGAUUCGCUUCAGAACCAAACAUUUAAUCCCCUCAUCCUCCAAUCAUUGAAAACCCUCCUUAACUCACAAGCUUCUCUCCAUGUUGCUGAUCCUCAAGCCAAACUUCUUUUAUCUGUACUCUCAUCCCGAAGUUACGAUCUUCCUUCCGAAUCAUAUCCUAUCUUGCUCAGGCUUCUUUAUAUUUGGGUGAGGAAGUCUUUCAGGCCAUCCACUGUGCUUAUUGAUUCAGCUGUUGAUGUCCUUUCUCAUGUAUUUGCUACUGAAUUUGGUUUGAAGAAAAGUCCUUCCUUUCUUGCUGAAGGUAUUCUUAUUUUAGGGGCCAUUUCAUUUGUGCCUUCUGUGUCUGAAAGCUCGAAAAUAGCAUGCUCGGAGUUGCUUUGUAGGCUGUUGGAAGAAGAUUAUGAAUUGGUUAGACUAGGAGAAGAAAUUAUCCCGGAUGUGCUGGCUGGGAUUGGAUAUGCAUUGUCUUCUUCUGUGGAUGUUCAUUUUGUUAGAGUUUGGGAUUCUUUGUUGGGAAUGUGGGGAAAGGAAGAUGGGCCUCGUAGUACAGUUCCUACUGCUCUAAUGAUCUUGCAUUUGGUUGAAUGGGUUGUUUCUGGUUGCAUAAAAUCACGUUCUCUUAAGAAAAUUGAAGCUUUCUCACAGCAGAUAUUAGGGACUUCGAAGGCGAGCUAUGUUCCAUUUGCUCUUGUUAUGGUUGCAGCAGGAGUUUUGAGAGCUAGUAGACAAGCAGCCAAUGGCCAAGGGUUAGAGUUUGUUUCCAGACUACGGAUUUCUGCAGAGAAUCAAAUAGCCUUUGUAGCACAACAGUUGGUUUCUGAAACUAAAGGCUUUAUAAACUCAGAUAAUGAUCCUGCGAACAGUCUUCUUCGACAAUGUUUAUCAUUAGCCUUGGCUAGAAGUGGUGCAGUCUCUUUCACUGCCCCUGUGCUUCUGUGCCUUGCAUCAGCAUUGUUAAGGGAAAUCUUUCCCUUAAGCCACUUAUAUAUGCAGAUUCUUCAGUUUAUCCAUAGUAGUGGGUCUGAAUUUGAUACCAACGAGAUUAAAAGACAUCUGGACAGUACACUUUUUAAGGAAGCAGGUGUCAUAACUGGUGUCUUCUGCAACCAGUAUGUCUCAGCAGAUGAGGAGAGCAAAAGUUUAGUGGAGAGUCUUAUAUGGGACUACUGUCGGGAUGUCUACUCUGGUCACCGACAGGUUGCUUUGUUGCUUCGCGAAAGAAACAAUGAGCUACUAGUUGAUUUGGAGAAAAUUGCGGAAUCUGCUUUUCUUAUGGUUGUGGUUUUUGCUUUGGCUGUAACAAAGCAGAGACUAAAUUCAAACUUCUCUCAAGAAAUACAGAGGGAGAAAUCAGUCCAGAUAUUAGUUUCCUUCUCUUGCUUAGAGUAUUUCCGACGUAUGCGUUUGCCAGAAUAUAUGGAUACAAUACGAAGAGUUGUUGCAUGUGUUCAGGAAAACGAGUCUGCAUGCAUCUCUUUCGUGGAAUCCAUGCCCACCUACGUUGACUUGACCACUUGGCAAGACUUUUCAUCCAAGCAGAAAAUGGGGUAUGAAUGGUCCAAAGAUGAGGUACAAACUGCUCGUGUUUUAUUUUAUGUCCGGGUUAUUCCAACUUGCAUUGAACGAUUGCCGGCUCACGUGUUUAGGAGGGUGGUCACUCCAGCUAUGUUCCUAUACAUGGGACAUCCAAACGGAAAAGUAGCUCGAGCCUCACAUUCAAUGUUUGUAGCAUUCAUGUCUUCAGGAAAAGACUUCAAGGAUGAACGAGUGUCACUGAAGGAGCAACUUGUUUUUUAUUACAUGCAAAGAUCUUUAGAGGGAUACCCCGACAUUACUCCUUUUGAGGGCAUGGCUUCAGGAGUUGCGGCCUUAGUUCGACAUCUUCCUGCUGGUAGCCCAGCAACAUUUUAUUGCAUUCACAGUCUUGUUAAUAAAGCUAAUAACCUCCUCAGUGAUGCGAAUGCUUUAAAGGCCGAUGACUGGAAAAACUGGCAAGGAGGGCCAGAGCCUUGUAAAAAAAUCCUCGAGCUGCUUUCACAUCUUAUUUCUCUCGUCGAUAUACAGGUAUUACCGACUCUAAUGAAGUCGCUAGCACAGUUAAUUAUCCAACUGCCAAAAACAGGCCAGACCAUGGUUCUUAAUGAGUUAUACGCCCAGGUCGCUGAAUCAGAUGAUGUCACUCGGAAACCAACUUUAGUUUCAUGGUUGCAGUCAUUAUCUUACCUUAGCUCUCAAGCUAAAAUGGAGGUUUUUACCUCAAAAGAGAGGGAAGGCAAAGAAAACUCUGCUUCCUCGGGGACUGUAGAGCCCCAAGCACGUUUGUGAGACAUUCUGAUGCUGUUCUUCCAACUAAUGACACGGCUAAUUCUUUGAUAGACGGCCAGAACAUGUGCAGGGUUGCCGAAACCGAUAAGCUCACAUGCAAACCAACUCUGGUUUCAUGGAGUCAUCGUCUUACUUUUGUAAUGAAAGGUAGAAGUGGAGAUCUGAACUGCAAAUGGAGAAGAAAUUAAAACAAUGCUAUAUUGAUCAAUUCUUUAAUUUUCUGGUAGGUGCCAUUGUCCCACGGAUAUCUGAAAAUAGAUACGAAGAUAUGAUCCUUCAAGGACUUCUCAAAUAUUUGAAUAGGUACGAAGAUAUGAUAUCAGAGACAUCCAUAUCUUACACUAAUAGUCUAGUCCUAGUAACUUAGAAUAAAUGUUUUUUGUUCCUUGUUUGCAUCAUGAUGUUAGCCAAGACUGGUAUGGACUGACUAUGGAGUACAUGGCUUUGAAAUGGAAUACAUAUACUGAUAUUAGCACUUUCGUUCCAGAGUGCGCAUUUUGUAAUUAAGAAUCUGAGCUUGAAGGGUCAAGGAUUUUUGUUUUUAUUGUUUAAUGAAAUCAUAAAAUUUUGGAAAUAAUUAAAAUCAA